AUGCAGAUUGCAACUGUUGUAGCAUCAACCAACAGCAUAGGAGUUUCUGGUCAUAUCAACGUGUGGAGUCCUGUAGUUUUAGAAAACCAACUCUCAGAUACUUCUGUUUUUGUUGCAAGUUAUGAUGGUGCUCUUAGUAACGCCAUUCAAGCAGGCUGGAUGGUAAAUUCAGAUUUAAAACAGAACUCUUCUCGGUUUUAUGCCUAUUGGACCAAGGAUACUGGGAAGACUACAGGGUGUUACAAUGCAUUGUGUCCAGGAUUUGUUCAAGUUAGUCAAAGAAUUACUCUUGGCCAAGUAAUUGAUCCUAUAUCAAUUUAUUCGGGUCAACAUUAUUUUAUACCCACCACCAUUCAACAGGACCAAGAUACGAAAAACUGGUGGCUUUCCUUUGGAACUGAGGGUGUUGGAUAUUUUCCAAAGGAGCUGUUUAGUACCUUAACGGAAGGAGCAACAAGAGUUGGUUGGGGAGGAGAAGUUAACAGCCCAACAACGGCGGUUACUCCAGCAAUGGGAAGUGGUCAUUUCCCAGAAGAAGGAUAUGCAAAAGCUUGCCUUAUAUCAAAGAUGAGAGUGAUAGGUCCACAGUUUUUUCUUAAUGGAACAGACCUUAAACAGAUUAUGACUAAACCAAAUUGUUACAGGGCUAAAUAUGGUGGAGAUGUUGGGGGUGACUAUGAAAACCAUAUGUUUGUUGGCAGACCGGGAAAUUGUGUGCCUUAA